GAACCCUGCCAACUGACGUUUCAAUGUUGUUUUCCUUGCCGGCGCAUGAUCUCUUUCCAGCCCAAAACAACACACAGAAUUGUGUAAAAAGGUGCUUAUUGCUGCGUGUAAAAAUGUCGCUUGCACCCGCCAGUGGUACGGGAAGGUUUUGGGCCCGGUCUGCAAAAAUAAUACGCUUUGUACGCCAAGGAUGUACCAACCGUCCGUUUUUCCACAUCGUUGUAAUGGAGCGCCGCAAGGAUCAAUAUCAACCGGUGAUUGAGCAAGUGGGCACGUAUGAUCCGAUCCCGAACGAACAUGAUGAACAGCUGGUGUCGUUCAAUUACGAGCGCAUUCGACAUUGGAUUGGCAGUGGAGCGCACAUAUCGAAACCGGUGGCGGAGUUAUUAGGAAUUGCCGGUUUGCUUCCCGUUCAUCCCAGGACUUACAUGACCGCAUGGCGAAACAGACAAAUGGCUGAGAAGCUGGCACAGGUUGAAGCUCUUAAAAAGGCAGACAAUACCGAAGAUGCCAACAGCAGUUGAACGUGUUUCAGGUUGCAAAAAUAGCGUUAUUUUCUUAGCUUUCAAAAUAAAGCGGCUCGUGCGCUUUUAGACGCACUAAUGGAA